AUGGCUGAUGUUGAUGAUCAUGAUGAUUCUGCUACAGGAAUGGAAGUUGACGAUAACAUCGAGGAUGAUUCUAUGCUAACUAACGAAGACGGAGAAGAGAAUGAGGAUGAAAUCGACGAGGAGCCAGAGCAAGUAGAAGCUUCUGGGCAACUCAGAUCAAACCGAAACAAAAAGAAGGGAGGACGUAAAUCAAAAUCUGGGAAAAAGAAACAUGAUUAUCCUGAUCCUUCUACGAGUACAUCAUCCGAGAUGUGUGAAGCUAUCGGAGUUGAAGAUGUUAAUAUAGAUUUCACCGAAGAGGACUUCACCACAAUCACCUCAUUGAAAAGUUUCAUGGGUCGUGUAAGAGGAGAGUUAACUACAGCUAAUCCUAAAGCUAAUGUUACGAAGCUCUAUCCACUAUUCCAAGUCAAAUAUCGUGAGUUCCAAGAGCUUUUAGCGUCUCAAGGAAGACAGAUGGCUGUGAAAAAACCUCAGAAUUUCAGCAGAACGGAGGAGAAGACCGUUGCUCCUAUCAAGAUAAGAAUAUCUGCUAGGAAGAAGAAGAGGAAUGAUGAUUCUGACAAUGAUCACAGUGAUCAGGAGUUCGAAUCCAUCCUUAAACAGCAUGAAAAGCAACUGGAUGAGGAAGAAAAGGAAAAGGAAGAAAGACGACUAUCUCGUUCUGCCCAGAAAGCUGAUAAGAAGAAGCAGGCUCUAGAGAAAGCACGCAAAGCUAAGAAGGCAAAGGGUGAAGACGAUAUUGAACACCAGGAUUAUUGUGAAGUUUGUCGUGCUGGAGGAGAAAUAAUUCUCUGCGACACUUGUCCUCGCGCUUAUCACACUGUCUGCCUUACUCCUGAACUAGAGACAGUCCCUGAAGGAGAUUGGAGCUGUCCGCAUUGCGAGGAACAUGGACCACCCGUCUCUGCAGAUGAAGGACCUGUUAGAACUAACAUGGAAUAUUGUCGUAUUUGUCAAAAUGUUGGUCACUUACUCUGCUGUGACUCGUGUCCAAGUUCAUAUCACGCGUACUGUCUCCACCCGGUCCUCGAAGUUAUUCCUGACGGCGAUUGGCAUUGUCCACGGUGUAGUAUACCUGAGCCGAAGCAGAGACCUGAGAAGAUUCUGAGUUGGAGAUGGAAGGAGAUUCCUUAUGUCGAGGCAUAUACUCCAAAAGAAGGAGAAGAGCCUGAUAAAGAUCUCGUUAUGCUUCACCCUCCCAUGAAAAUGGAGCCAAGAAGAGAACGUGAAUUCUUCAUCAAGUGGCGUUACAUGUCCUAUUGGCACUGUGAAUGGGUAUCAGAAACCUUGAUGGAUGUGUACUUCACAGCUCUUUUACGUAUGUAUUGGAGAAAGUAUGACUCUGAAACUCCCCCAGUCUUUGACGAGUCUACCACCUCGAGACAUCACAAAGGUGAUGAUCCAUACGACUUACGUGAAAGAUUUUAUCAACACGGUAUUAAACCAGAAUGGAUGCAGGUUCAUCGUAUCAUUAAUCACAUGCAGUACGCCAAAAAUCAAUUCGAUUAUUUGGUGAAAUGGAAGGAACUUGUUUAUGAGCAAGCUACUUGGGAGAGAGAUGAUAUGGAUAUUCAGUAUUAUGAAGAGGCUAUCAUGAAAUAUUGGUUGCAUAGAGAAAGAAUGUUAGGAGAAAAUAUCCCCAAACAUAUUUUGAAACGUAUCAAUGUUGCUCGUGAGCUCAAGGGUCUCCCUCCUAUGGAGAAUGACAAAGGAGAUGAAACCUCUGUUAAGAAGAAGAAGAAAGACAGACCAACUGUUGAUAUUCGCAAGAAGUAUGAAGUUCAACCUGAUUUCAUUAGUGAAACUGGUGGAUCUCUUCACCCUUAUCAGCUUGAGGGUAUCAACUGGCUCAGGCAUUGUUGGGCAAAUGGCACAGAUGCCAUUCUUGCCGAUGAAAUGGGUCUCGGAAAAACUGUCCAAUCUCUCACUUUCUUAUACACACUGAUGAAAGAGAGCCAUAGCAAAGGACCUUUCCUGAUUGCUGCUCCACUCUCAACCAUUAUUAAUUGGGAACGUGAAGCAGAACAAUGGUGUCCCGACUUUUAUGUUGUUACUUAUGUUGGAGAUCGUGACUCGCGUAUGGUAAUUCGUGAGCAUGAGUUCUCAUUUGUUGAAGGGGCCAUCAAGAGUGGACCAAAGGCUGCUCGCCUGAAAUCGUUAGAGAACUUGAAGUUCCACGUUUUGUUAACUUCUUACGAGUGUAUUAAUAUGGACAAGGCUAUCCUAUCUUCCAUUGAAUGGGCUGCUCUUGUAGUCGACGAAGCUCAUCGUUUGAAAAACAAUCAAUCAACAUUCUUCAAAAAUUUACGAGAAUAUAAAAUUGACUAUCGUGUAUUACUUACUGGUACUCCUCUUCAAAAUAAUUUAGAAGAGUUAUUCCAUUUACUCAAUUUCUUAGCUCCCGACCGUUUCUAUGAUCUCGAGUCAUUCACCAGCGAAUUUGCUGAGAUUUCGAAAGAAGAUCAAAUUCAAAAGCUUCACUCUCUUCUCGGACCUCAUAUGCUUAGAAGAUUGAAAUCUGAUGUAUUGGUUGGAAUGCCUUCCAAGAGUGAACUUAUCGUUCGUCUUGAACUCAGUCCUAUGCAAAAGAAGUAUUACAAGAAUAUCUUAACCCGUAACUUCGAAGCUCUCAAUGUUAAGAAUGGUGGAUCUCAAAUGUCUCUUAUCAAUAUCAUUAUGGAGCUCAAAAAGUGUUGUAAUCAUCCAUACUUGUUCCCCAAAGCAAGUUUGGAAGCACCUAAGCUCAAGAAUGGCAUGUAUGAAGGAGUCAAUUUGAUCAAGAACUCUGGAAAGUUCAUCCUUCUGCAGCAAAUGCUGAGAAAACUCAAAAAUGGAGGACAUCGUGUUCUUAUUUUCUCACAGAUGACCAUGAUGAUGGAUAUUCUUGAAGAUUUCUGUGAAGUUGAAAGCUAUAGGUAUGAACGUAUCGACGGUUCUAUCACAGGACAAGCUCGUCAAGACGCUAUCGAUCGUUUCAAUGCUCCUGGUGCUCAACAGUUUGUUUUCCUCCUUUCCACUCGUGCUGGAGGUUUGGGUAUUAACUUGGCCACUGCUGAUACUGUCAUCAUUUAUGAUUCUGAUUGGAAUCCUCACAAUGAUAUUCAGGCUUUCUCUCGUGCUCAUCGUAUCGGACAACAGAACAAAGUUAUGAUUUACCGUUUCGUAACAAGAAACUCUGUUGAAGAACGAAUUACCUCCGUCGCAAAGAAGAAGAUGUUAUUGACUCAUCUUGUCGUACGUGCUGGUCUCGGACAAAAGGGUCCAAGUAUGAGCAAAAGCGAAUUGGAUGAUGUGUUACGAUGGGGAACGGAAGAGUUGUUCAAAGAUGAAGAAAUGACUGAAGAUGGUAAAGACAAAGAAGAAAUUGUCUGGGAUGAAGCCGCAGUUGAUGCCCUCCUUGAUCGUACCCGUGAUGAGGAGGCUUUGAAGGACGGAAAGGAUGAAAAACAUUGGACUAACGAAUACCUCAGUUCCUUCAAAGUUGCUACUUACAACACGAAAGAAGCCGAAGACAAAGAAGAAGAUGAGGAGGAAGAUGAUAUGGAGAUCAUCAAAGACAGUGAUAGAGAACCUGAUCCAGACUUCUGGGAGAGACUUCUUCGUCAUCAUUAUGAACACGUGCAGGAAACUGAAGCUGAAAGACUAGGAAAAGGAAAGCGAUUACGUAAACAAGUUAACUACGCUAGUGAAAACAUGGUGCAAGACUGGAACAGAGAGCAACAAAGCCAAGAUGAUGAUGAUGUUUCAUCUUAUGAUGCUGCAUCUGAAAGAGGUUCAGGUGAUCAUAGUGACGAUGACUUCAGUGGAGAUCCAAAGAGAAAGAGAGAGCGUGAAUCAGAGAAGCUUCCACCUUUACUUGCUAAAGUUAACGGGCAAUUGGAAGUUCUUGGGUUCAAUCCACGACAAAGACGUGCCUUCUACAAUGCUGUAAUGCGAUGGGGUAUGCCACCGGCUGAUGCCUAUCAGUCUCAAUGGCUGACACGUGAUCUCAAAGGAAAGUCUGAAAGGGCUUUCAAGGCUUACACGUCCUUGUUCAUGCGUCACUUGUGUGAACCUGGCGCUGAUGCCUUAGAUUCUUUCAAUGAUGGAGUGCCUAGAGAAGGUUUAAACCGUCAAACAGUUCUCACCAGAAUUGGAAUUCUCAGUCUUAUCAGAAGGAAAUGUCAGGAAUUCGAAUCCAGUAACGGAGAAUGGUCUGUUCCCGAGGAACGCGACAAGCUUCUUGAAGCUGCUGCUGGUGCCACCAAGACUGCUGCUUCAUCUAAAGCUAAUAGUCGAGAACAAAGUGUCGCUAACGGAGAUAAAACAGAAGGAAAUGCUGAGGACACUCCUAACCCAGCUGAGACUGGAGGAGAUAAAGAGAACGAGGCUGAUACCACAGUUCCUGAAAUCAAGCAAGAAGAGCCUGAGUCCAAGCCCAAGCAGCCAAGACCAAGCUUCAAGUUCAAUAUUGCUGAUGGAGGGUUCACUGAGCUUCACACACUUUGGCUCAACGAAGAGAGAGCUGCUAAUCCGGGUAAAGAAUUCGAAAUCUGGCAUCGACGACAUGAUUAUUGGCUACUUGCUGGAAUCGUCCAAUUCGGUUAUGGACGUUAUCAAGAUAUCCAAUCAGAUUUGAGAUUCUCAAUCAUUAACAAACCAUUUGAAGUAGAACAAAACAAAACUAGCAACUUCGUUGAAAUGAAAACUAAGUUCUUACAACGAAGAUUCAAGCUUCUUGAACAAGCACUUGUAAUUGAAGAACAGCUCAGACGAGCUUCUCACUUGAAUAUUCAAAGUACUAACUCUGAUGGAACAACCCAACUCGCUCAACGAUAUGCUGAUAUCGAAAACAUUGCUGAUGCUCAUGCCGUUGUUGCCAAGGAUGGAAGUGGAGGAAACAGAAACGCCAGUGCAGUUCUGCACAAAGUUCUUAAUCAGUUGGAAGAACUUCUUUCUGAUAUGAAGAACGACGUUUCUCGACUUCCCGCCACCUUAGCACAAUUGCGACCUGUAACAGAGCGUCUUCAGAUGACUGAGAGACAGAUUUUGUCUCGUUUAACAUCGAAGGACUCGGCAGCCGUAUCAGGAAAAUCUCCUUUACCACCUCCUGGUCCUUUCGUCACUCCCACUUUGAAUCAACAACUCUCUGGAAUUCAACCCAAAUUCGCAGCUCUUCAUGCUGAUACCAAGACAGAUGAAGUAGCUGAUGGAGAUUCUCAAGAGGAAUCGGCACCAGCUCAGGAAACUAGUGAAGUUCCGGCUGAAGAAGGAGCCCCAGCAGCAACAGAAGAACCUGUAGCUGCUACUCCUGAGGUUCCUGAAGAACCUCAAGAAAAAGAAGCGAAGAAUGAAGAAGAAGAGUUGAAGAAAGAUGUUGAAGAUGAAGCUAUGGAUACAAGUGAGCUCCCCGCCUCCACAGAAGCAGACACCUCAGCAUCUGCUACUGAUGUUGCGGAAGCUUCGGAGGAUAAUGAUGCUAAGAUGGAUCUCAGUGUGUCAGCCCCUGAAACAGCUUAG